AUGGCGCCCCUCGAUCCCGCACCCGUCGACACCCAAGCCGUGAAAUCGCACCGCCCCAUCGUCAUCUCUGGGCCCAGCGGCGCCGGCAAGUCGACCAUCCUGAAGCGCCUGUUCGAGGAAUACCCAGACAAGUUCGGCUUCAGCAUCUCGCAUACGACGCGAGGGCCGCGAGGAACAGAGAAGGAUGGUGUCGAGUACUACUUUGUCACAAAAGAGCAGUUCCUGGCCUUGGUGGACCAGAAGGGCUUCAUCGAGCAUGCGCAGUUUGGGAGCAACUUCUACGGAACCAGCAUCAAGGCCGUGAACGAUAUCGCGGAGAAAGGGCGGAUCUGUGUGCUGGACAUUGAGAUGGAGGGCGUCAAGCAAGUCGCGAACCACCCAACGUUUCCGCGCCCACAGUUUCUUUUCCUCUCACCCCCGUCUACUGAGAUUCUUGAGAAGCGAUUAAGGAGCCGGGCGACGGACAAGGAAGAGGAUAUCCUGAAGAGACUCAACCAGGCGAAGGUGGAGAUGGACUUCGCCAACAGUGGAAAGGCACCGCAUGAUAAGAUUGUGGUCAACGAUGAUCUGGACAAGGCGUAUCAGGAGGUCAAGGAGUUCAUUAUUGGCAACGAGGCAUAG